AUGUCGGAAGCCAAGGCCGAGCACAACGCCCCAGAUGCCCCUUCGGCCUCCGCGUCCGCUGCUGCGACAACUGUGCCAACCGUUCCGGCCCUCGCAGAACAUGGAGCGGUGGGGUCUAUCAGCGAAACCGAACUUCUCCCCGAUGAGCCUGGAACCGGUGCCGAGAAUGACUCUCUGAAGGGCGAGAGCAUUGCGUCCUCCAGUACGAGUGUUCAUACUUCCGUGCGGCAAUACCGAGAAGAGAAUGGACGAACGUAUCAUUCGUACAAAGAAGGCAAAUACAUUAUGCCGAACGAUGAGAGAGAAAAUGAACGUCUUGAUGUGCAGCACAAUAUGUUCAUCUUGGCUUUUGAUGGACGCCUUGGGACGUCUCCCCCGAACGAUCCAAAAUCCAAAGUUGGGCGUGUCCUCGAUGUUGGGACCGGUACCGGCGUGUGGGCUAUGGACUUUGGAGAAGACCAUCCUGAGGCAGAGGUUAUCGGCAUUGAUCUGUCACCAAUCCAACCAAACUUCACACACUCCAAUGUGAAGUUCGAGGUCGACGAUAUCGAGGAGGAAUGGAAUUACUCUCAGCCCUUCGACUACAUCCACAGCCGUAUGAUGACUUUGAGCAUCAAGAGCUGGAAGGAAUACAUCAAGAAGUGUUACGACAACUUGAAUCCCGGAGGUUAUCUUGAGCUCAACGAGAUCGAUCUCCAACCUAGAUCCGAUGACGGAACGCUCCAGGAAGACUGCAGCCUCCUGAAGUUCGCCCGUCUAUGGGGCGAAGCCGCAGCGAUGUUCGGUCGACCAUUCUUGAGCGACCUGAGCGUGUUGCGUGAAGUGAUGACCGAGGUCGGCUUUGAAGGCGUGAGCGCUCAGAAGUUCAAGUGGCCAUCCAACCCCUGGGCGAGGGACAAAAAGCAUAAGGAACUUGGUCACUGGAACCUCGACAACUCUGUGGCCAACUUGGAAGGUUUCAUGAUGGCGCCAUUCACAAGAGCCCAUCACUGGACCGAGGAGGAAGUGAUCGUUUUCGCGAUGCAAUUGGUCGAUUUACGGAAGAAAGCCCUCUGUUGCUUAACCUAA